AUGAAGGCUGGUGGAAAGUGCCAGCCUGCUAAUGCUGUUGUUGCUGUUGCCAACCUCGGAAGGCGCCUACAGCCUUCCCAAGGAUCCUGCAUAAUCCACCUCGCAAGCAACGGCACCCAAGAGGACAGCCUGAGAACCAGCAACAUACGAAAGCAACAACAACCCAACAAGUACAACGGCGACAGGAUGGACAAAUCCGGUGAUGCACCUGCGGCCGACCAGGCUGGCCAGCAGGAGGAACUGGCCGCCGCUAGAGCACGAUUCCACAACCUGGUCGACACUGGCGCCGACCGCGAGACAGUCAAGGCGGAGUUUGACAGCUUCAUGGCACUGCAGAACAGGAACGCCAUGGACCUCAUGCUGAAGAAGAGCCUGGCCCUGACGGGCCUGACGGAGAUGCUUCACCAACUCAAGCUCGCUGAGAAAAUGCUUCAGGAGGUCAGUUUAGGCGGGGCCGGGUCUCCUGAGGGCAGCGGCGGCGAUGCACAGCAGGACGAGGUGGACGGCGGAGCCUCUGCAUCGAAGGGUCAAGCCGAGGAGGAGCCAAAGGAGAAGGCCUAG